GGCCUUCCAUUAAAAAAAAUCAAUCAAACAUUCGCUGUUGUUUUCAUCUUCUCUCCGACGCCUCGCCGCCGUUCGCUUGCUGCCGGCGCCGCCUCCGCCCUCCGGUCUUCACGCUAAUAUAGAUAUAGAUUAAUUCAAAACUCCGGCGUAUUUCUCCGGCCGUCGUCGUAUCUUCCGCCGUAGCGUCGGGCUCGGGAAUCGUUGUAACUGAAAACUAAACGGAGAAUUCGCAUCAUUUUGCAGGAGUCUGAUAUGUCGUCGGACGCUGUGAUAAACUCAGAGGCAUCUUCUGGAACUUCGAAUUUCAACUCCAACUCACGCAUAAUCUGCCGCGUAUGUGAAAAGCAAUUUUCCCAGUAUACAUGUCCUCGAUGCAACAUUCGUUAUUGUUCUCUGCCUUGUUACAAGUCUCAUAGUCUACGUUGUACUGAGUCUUUUAUGAGAGAGAAUGUAAUGGGAGGACUGCAACAAAUGCAACCUGAUGAGGAAAGUAAAGCUAAAAUGCUGGAUAUACUUAAGCGACUCCAUGAGGAAGAGGAGACAGAUGGCUUCCAAGAAGACGAGUUGAAUUCAUCCUUGUCAGAAGAGACUAUUCAGAAGAUUAUUUCCGGUGGUACGAUAAGUUUAAAUGAUCUAUCUCUUGAAGAAAGGAAACGUUUUGAGAGGGCUAUUGCCUCAGGAGAGCUCAGUAAAUUGAUUGAACCAUGGGAUCCAUGGUGGUCAAGGCCAUCUGCCCAGUACAUAUCACUCAGUUCAAAUGGAACACAACUAGUUCAACCGUUCGUGAAAGAGGAAUCGCGGGAGCAUGAUAACGAUGCAAGCACUGAUGAAUUGGAGGAAUUCCCACCGGGACCCGAGACUCCUCUGCCACCAGUUAGUAAACUGACUGCAUCUGAACCUUCACCUCUGUUAGCUAUCCACCUCGUUGAUAUCAUAUAUUCUUAUUGCUUCACCCUCCGUCUUUACAAUGGAGACUGGAAAGCUGAUCCCUUGGAAUCAGCGACAGUGGUGCUGAGUGUAUCUUCUGUUUUGGAUCAAAGCAAGCAGCCUGUAACUGUAUCGGAAGUGUUAUCUCAUUGCUUGGAAGAAACAUGCUCUCCAGCAUACAAGCACAUGGGUGGUUUACAAUUCGGGUUGAGGCUUAUAGACGAUGUGAUUCAUCUACUUCAUCUCGGACGUAAUGCUUUGAUCUGCUCGCUAUGCGAUAUGCAGAGGCUGAUCCAGACUGCAGAGAGAGAGCUCAAGUCAGAGAAACUGCUCAAGACGAAAAAGGCAGAACUAAAGGGCAAGCUUAAGUCUGCUGACCGGAAAAUCUACUUCAUCAUGUGCUGGGUGAACGAGCAGCCAUCUGAAGCGUGGACUACACUGGAAGCCGUUUUGAACACGGAGAAAUCCUCUGCCAUGGAAUACGCACAGAGCAAAAGAAGUGCUCCAAGAAUGGAGGAGGUAACAGAAAGAGGAGGUAAGCCUUUGAUUAAGGAGGUUCAGUGAGCUGUCUCUGCCGGAUUAGUCCACGGAGUUUCUCUGCCGGUAAAUGGAGCAGGACUGCGACAAGGCCUCGUUUCUUAAAUGUAACAACAGUUGGGAUUUCGCCAUAGAGGAUUGAAAAUGAAACGCGAAUUUUGGAACAGAGGAUCGUCUUGGCGUCCACGGCCGAGUGAGAAGCCAUUUUGUGGAGUUGGAACUUGGAAGUAAAGAAAGCAUGUUUGAAAGUGAUAAAUCAUGAAGAGCUUAGUAAGAACUUCUCUAAUCUUGACUUAACUCUUUUGCAACAUAGAUAGUGUGAUGAUAUAUUAUGAUAUCAUGAUACAGUUUAGCAAGUUUGUGGCUGUAUUCUGUUGGCUUUGUGUAAGGGUUUAUUAUGAGAAACUGAAUUAGAUAGUUGUUUGUAUUGUGUAGGUAAUAUUUACAAAAAGAAGUUGAAAUUGCACAUUUCUUUUAUUUUCCCU